GAGUGCGGUGUCCCUCCCCUGAAGAACCGUCCAUGGAGUUUGUAGUUUUUCUAUCAGAAAGACUCUGGUCGCGGGGCUGGUGUGUGCACUGUGGUCAAUGUUUUCUACCUGAGUGUGGGUCGGCUUGAGUGGUGUGCACAAGGGGAGUGUGUGGAGGCCGCUACUGGUGGCGUGAGAGCAGCAGCACCGCCGUCACCCGCGCCCUCACGCUGGCUCUCCCCCCGACACUCGGCCCGGCGUCCUCCUCCUCCUCCCUCCAUCCCCCGGCGCGCCAGGCCCUCGCCCACGCCACGCACGCCUACCUGGAGACUCCCUACUACCUGAAGCGGGACCCGGAGGACCUGGUAGGGUCGGCAGCGACCCCUCCGGGCGGCGACCUGAUGACCCUCAGCCCCCGCCAUACCACGCCCUUCUCCGUCUCCGACAUCCUAUCGCCCCUGGAGGAGCAACGUCGUGCCCUCGACUUGCUGGACGACCGUCGCCUCGACCUGCUGGAUUCGGGUAGCUACGGGCGCGCCGCCGCCAUGCAGCCCGCCGGCAUGCAGCACGUGGGCUACCCGCCCGCGCCGCCGCCCACCACCUACUGCACGCCCGAUGUUUACGACGCCCGCGCCUCAGCCCCCUCAUGGUACCAGACCUCCUCUUCUGACCCUCGAUUUGCAAGUAAGUUCACAUAACACAUCAGGUGGGAGUAUGUUAUGUCGCUCCGCGAGACGCGGCAAUGGCGUCUAGUGGUGUGUGUUGAUAUACAUGGUGCACCUAGCGAUGGUACCACUGAACUGUUGUGGGUGGUCGGGCCAGGGUCUGCAGGCACACCACACCCUGACACCUUCCAUAGCGCCACACC